AUGUAUUCACAUCUACAGGCGGCGGCGGCCUUUAUACCAUUACUUACAACACCCACUCUGGCGCAGGAUGUCAAACCUGGAAAAUGGAGCGACAUCAUCAAACUUCCUGUAAUACCCGUGGCGGCCUACAUCGUCCCGGACUACCCUUCACCUACCAAGAUGAUGGUUUACUCAGCAUUCUCACCGACUGCUUUUGGCGGUGAACGAGGCAAAACUCAGUUCGCGGAGUACAAUUGGAUCACUGGAGCAACAUCGACGCGCGAGGUCGCCGAGACAAAUCACGACAUGUUCUGCCCCGGCAUGAGUGCCCUAGGCGACGGGCGGCUUAUCAUAACUGGCGGAAGCAACGCGGAGAAGACGACCAUUUACGACCCAAAAGACAACAAGUUUACAUCGGCACCGGACAUGAAAGUACCCCGUGGUUACCAGAGCAGCGCCAUCUUGUCCGACGGCAAAGUUUUCACUAUCGGCGGAUCAUGGAGUGGCCCAAGAGGUGGAAAGCCGGGAGAGAUUUACGACCCCAAGGCGAAUACAUGGACGCUUCUGCCUGGUGCAGCCGUCGAACCCAUGUUGACUCAGGACCACGAAGGCAUCUUCCGAGAGGACAACCACGCGUGGCUCUUCCCCUGGCGCAACGGCAGUGUCUUCCAGGCUGGACCUAGCAAGGCAAUGAACUGGUACUACACCGACAAGGAAGGCGGUACCAGCCACGCAGGCGUCCGCGACUAUUUCAACGAUGCCAUGUGUGGUGUACACGUCAUGUACGAUGUCGGAAAGAUCUUCACAGCCGGGGGAUCGCAAUGGUACGACGACUCACCCGCCCUCAGCGUAGCCCACCUGAUCGAGAUCGACAACGUUGGCGCACCAGCCCGUGUCGAGAAGCUACCCGACAUGCGUCAUGCCCGCGCUUUCGCCAACGUCGUCGUUCUCCCCGACGGCAAGAUGCUCAUCACCGGCGGCCAGCGCUACGCCAAAGGCUUCACAGACCGAGAUCCCGUCUUCAUCCCCGAAAUCUUCGACCCGGAAACGAAAAAGUUCUCCGAACUCGCUGCUGAGAAGGUGCCUAGAAACUACCAUUCCAUCUCCAUCCUCCUCGCAGAUGGCACUGUCUUCAGUGGCGGUGGCGGUCUCUGCUGGGAUGAUGGAACUGGCAUCCCGUCCGAGAAAUGCAUCGAUACCGUUAAUCAUCCCAAUGGCCAAAUCUUCACGCCGCCAUAUCUCACUAAUGGCGCUCAGAGACCAGUUAUUGAAAAACUUAAAUUCGCUACUGUGGCGCCCGGCGGUAAGCUCGAAGUUGAGAUGAAGGGGUCUGCGGAUGGUGUCAAGUUUUCACUCAUCAGAAUUGGUAGUGUGACACAUAAUGUUAACAGCGAUCAGAGGAGGGUACCGCUGAACCCCAAAGUUAAUGGAAACAAGGUCGAGUUGCCUAUUCUUAAUGAUCAGGGUGUCAUGUUGCCAGGUGCUUGGUACCUUUUUGCUGUGAGCAAGGAGGGUGUGCCGAGUGUGGCUAAGAUGGUUUAUGUGUCGCAGGUGUAA